UUUAUUGACUGUGAACUUACAGGAGCCCAGGCUUGUGUGCUCGUGUUUUCUACCACAGAUAGGGAAUCUUUUGAAGCAGUUUCCAGUUGGAGAGAGAAAGUAGUAGCUGAAGUGGGAGAUAUACCAACUGUACUUGUACAAAACAAGAUUGAUCUCUUGGAUGAUUCUUGUAUAAAGAAUGAGGAAGCUGAGGCACUGGCAAAAAGGUUAAAGUUAAGGUUCUACAGAACAUCAGUGAAAGAAGAUCUAAAUGUGAAUGAAGUUUUUAAGUAUUUGGCUGAAAAACACCUUCAGAAACUCAAACAACAAAUAGCUGAGGAUCCAGAGCUAAUGCAUUCAAGUAGUAACAAAAUUGGUGUGUUUAAUACAUCUGGUGGAAGUCACUCGGGUCAGAAUUCAAGUACCCUCAAUGGUGGAGAUGUCAUCAAUCUUAGACCCAACAAACAAAGGACCAAGAAAAACAGAAAUCCUUUUAGCGGCUGUAGCAUACCCUAAGAUGUUUUGGGAGGAAAAUAAUUGAAUUACAUUGUGCAGUUCAUUAAGAAACCCAUCCAGCUGUCAUGGUAUGUUACAGGUUUUCAGCAGACUGCACCUAAUGGCUCCCUGAAAGUGACAGACUUAAAUAUUGCUCUGCAGUGCUUUUCAGAAUGUAGAGUGAGACCUCUGGUGGAAAAAUUAUCGCCCUGUGGACUCCUUUAAUUUUUUUUACAUUAGACGAAGCUUCUCCUAUUUUUAAACAAAUGCUAUAAGAAAUUUCAAACACAGGUUUUGCUGAAUUUUAAAUGCUGGAAAACAUAAAUGAAAUGCCUAAAUAUAUUGUUACAGAUUUUAAUACUAUGGAUCAAGGAAGGAUAGCAUUCUUUUCCUGAAAUUGAUCAUCUAGCUUUUCUGCGAAAUAAUAUUGAAUCUGAAUACUUUCACAAAAUAAUACUGAAAGGUAAACCCUAAAUCUUGCCAGCCUGCAUUAGUAUUUCGGCAUUGGUACUUGUGCAAUAUCUGUGUAAUGUAGAAUGUGAGUUGUGCAUGCAGAUGUCUGGUACUGGAGUAAGCUGAAGGUAUGUGCAGUAUUUAAGAAAAUGUACAUUCUAAUUCACUUAUAAAACCAUUUACAUAUUGUUUAUAUGUUUUUAUUUUCAAAUGAGAAACUCUAGACAUAUAUUUUGCAAAAUGAGCUUGGGUUUAAAAAGCGCUUUGUGCCAAAAAUAUCAUACCUAAUUUUUAUAGUGCUUUACUAUCAGAAUUUAUAGUUUAUUAUAUCUUUUAAAAGCAGUAAGCAGUUUCCGUCUGACAGCAUAGAUAAAAGAGGAGUAUAGGAAUUUGAAUGCUAGAGCAUCUCCCAGGUGAGCCUUAUUGCAAAAUCUUUUUCGUAUAGUCACCCAUAAGCAUGGUGAGCUCCUGCUGUCAUAAGAUCAGCCAAAGCCCCUUAAGAAGGUACACAGCACAUCUGCAAUCAUUCAGGAGGUCCUGUGAAGUGUGGUGAUACAUGUAACACCUUUUGCUGCUCACUGAGAACCCAGCUUUGAACUUACAAGAUUAUACUAACCAUUUUAAAAGUGCACAAAAAUACUAUUAUUAGUCUUAACUAAAAUUACAGAUUUUAUAAUGCCCUGCAAUUCUAAACCAUCCUUUUGUUUACACAUUUUUGUAUGAUAUUUUAAGAUUAUCACUUCAAAAUUUCUAUAACCUUCAGUUUGUAUAGCACUUUCUCAGGAGCUGUCAGUCCCACAUACAAAAUCAUUUCUUUUACAAAAUGAUUUAACAUGGAAUCAUGUGUCAGAGCAUAAAUUUUGUCACUUGGGACAGUAGCUUUCCAGCUAAGAUAAUUGCGUGAACUCUGUGAAAACUGAUUAUCACUCAUCAAUGGCUUUAUUUUUAACCUAUAAAUAACCCCUUUCAAUAUACCUGGUUUUUACAGCAUUUCAAAAUAUGUAAAAAUAACUUUUCUUGGAAAAUGUGUCAUGAAGUCAUUUUUCAUUAUUUGUACUAAAAAAUGUUUUACGUGCGCCUUUCGUGUUUUCUCUUGUUUUUUGUUUUUUAAGUCUUCCAUCUGCACUCUCCUCAUCCUCCUAAUGUUGAGAAAAUCAAAUUUCCUGGGUGUGUCCUUGUUAAGUGAUCAAAAGUAAAUGUUCUCUUUGCCAUUUUAGAUUGAAAAAUAAACUAAAAAGAGUAAAUUUUGCUUUUCAUUAUAUUGAAAUGAUCUGGCAUUAUCUAUUUCACAGUAAUAUAAAAUGUUUAUUCUUAUGUCACCAGUUGUCACCACUCCCUUUGCUGACAAUGACAUAGGUUUUGGGGGCAAAACUCAAUUCCUAACAGUGGAUACUGCUAAUGAGUCAUCUUUUCUACUCUCUUCAAAUUGUCUCUUUAAUUUUUGCACAAAAUAUUUUACAGUAAAUAGUCUUUUGGUCUUUAUUGGCAGAAAAAUCACUUGUUAUAUGUGUUCUAGUUGUUUUUCAUAUUAGUUGUGUGGCUAAAGGCAUGUUACCUGUAUUUAAAAAGGUAAUCUCUGAGGAUAGUUGCAGUUCCUGUAAUAUUUGCAAUAUAAUUUUAUGUACUUAGUUUUAUCUUUUUUAAAAUAAGAACUGAAGAGAGAUCUGUUACAUAUUUGAAUUUUUAAUUUGCACUGCCAUAUUUUAAAACUAACCAUAAUUAGUCAUUUAAAAUAAUUAAGUAGGCCUGAAAGUCAGCCAUAUGUUAAUUUCUCAAUUUAAUCAAUUCUUAAAGCUUUCAAAAAUUGACAUUUUUUUCCAAGACCCUUCAUUCUCUUAAAUAACUUUAAUUAUUUUAUGAAACCAUGUAUACUGAAGAAAAACUUUUCCAAGAUUCCAGGUGAUUGUGCAUUUGUGCUCUAAUCUACUUUUUUAACAUUACGGCUAAUCUUUUGCAUAGACAUAUUGCUGUGGAAUAAUUGCCGUAUUUCCAAGUUCCUCAGGUUUCCCUUUCCUUUUCCAGUCUCUAUGAAUUAAAUAGUAUACAGAAUAACCCACAUAAGGCAAUAUAGUUAAAUAAAACCAGGUUAAAUGAUUUCCUUUGUAUCUGCCCAAAGUUGAUAGCACACAUGUAUUUUUUCAAAAUAAAGCUAAAACUACCAAAAAGAGGAUGAAAGCUUUCCUCAUUAUGGAGUGAAGUUUUAGGUGGUUGCUUUAGAAGUUGGCAGUGCAGUGCUCAGAAAGAACUCUCAACAUGUACUCCUUGGACCUGUGAGUUUUAGGAAAUUGGACCUUUUCUGAAGAUCUUAGAAUAGGGAGUUGGCCUUAGGACCUAGUGUCCCAACUUAGUGUUGGACCCUUUUAAUAUAACAUAUUGUUAAUUAUUAGCACCCUUUUCAAAACCUUUGGAAUAGUUACUGGUAACCUGAUAAAAUGUUCCCAUUAAUCUGUCAUUAGUCUGUCUGUUUCUCUGAAGACAAAAUGAACUGAUGAGGUGAAAGCUUGUUCCACGUGGCACUUACCUAACGAACAGGACUUACUCAGUUUUAACUGUUAAGAAUGUCAUGUGUACUAUUGUCACUCCUUACGUUUUCAGCUAUAAAACAUGUAAGUCUAUCAUCAUACAGAUGAAUUCAUUUGCUAACAAAAUAUUUAAAACCGGCAGUAGACUCUGAAAUAUUCAAUCAUAAAACUCCUGGCUAACUGGAUGAUUUGGCUAUAAUAAUCUUUAUUAGGUGGUACUUCUUUUCAUCUCUCUCUCAAAAUAUCUACAGUAGGAUGUUAGUAAAUGGUCUUUUAAAAAUAAAAAAUUUGGGAUAAAAGGAAAACUGAAUUCCUUCUAUAUUUUUGUUACUAAUAAAUAAUGCUUUUGUAAAUUUGAAUGGAAAACCACUUGUAUGUAUUGCUAUUUGGUUGCAGUUAUACUCUGGAGCUUAAUUUAAAACACUACUCAAUAAAAAUUUCAUGAAGGAUGAAUUCCAAUAAUCAAAAAAUAAAUGUAUUUCAAAGCUAAAA